CUCAUUUUAGUUUUUGCUGUUUUCUUUAUUUCUGUUUCAGAAAUUCUUGCGAGAAAUUGUACAAAAAAUGAAGAAUAUAAGACAUGUUGGACCGGUUGUAAGGAAUAUUGUGGAAAUAAACCUUUCACAUGUUCAACGGAGUGCGAGGAAGGUUGUCACUGCAAAGAUGGUUACAUUAGAAAGAACAACGAAACUAACGAAUGCAUAUUAAGAAGUCAAUGUCCUAUACCAAAAUGUCCACCAAAUAAAGAAUAUAAAACAUGUGGAUCUAGUUGCCCUCCAUAUUGCGGUGAACCCCAAUUCAAGAUAUGCCUAGCUGUGUGUGUACCAGAGUGUCAAUGCAAAGAUAAUUACAUUUUAAAGGAUGGAAACUCCACCCAGUGUAUAUUGAGAUCCGAAUGUCCUUAUAAUCAAACAUGUUCACCUCACCAAAGAUUUACCACAUGUGGAACAGCUUGUCCUGAGUAUUGUGGACAACCUAAAGAUAUUAUUUGUACCGAGCAAUGCGUUGUAGGGUGUGAAUGUGAACCAGGUUACGUAAAAAAAUCGGAGAAUUGUAAUGAUUGUUGUAUUCCAAAAAAUAAAUGUCCUUAACGUCGUUUGUAAGUUUGAUGGGAAAUAAAUAUACAUACCAGUAA